AUGGUCAUGAAAGUGAAUCUUGAAAAGUCUAAAGCUUUUUGUUCUAAAAAUGUGACUGCUCGUAGAAGAGAUAUUUUUACUAGUGUUUCUUCAAUACGUUUUGCUUUGGACUUAGGAAGAUAUCUUGGAGUUAACCUUAAUCAUUCUCGUACCAGUAGGGCUUCUUUUCAUUCGGUGAUUGAAAAGGUGAGGGGAAGAUUAGCUAAUUGGAAAGGAAGGCUUCUAAAUAAAGCAGGGAGACUUUGCCUGAUCAAUUCUGUUGCAGCAUCAAUUCCUGUCUAUCAUAUGCAGGACAAGCCUUGGGUUGCUCUAUUGAGGGCGAAGUAUAUGAGAAAUGAGGGAGUUUUAGAUGGCCAUGUCCCUUGUAAUGCUUCUCAUGUUUGGAAGAGUAUCUCAAAGGCUUUUGGUGCUCUUAAGGAUGCCUUCUCUUGGUGCGUUGGGUCACUUGAUCAAUCUUUUUGGUUUGACAAUUGGAGUAUUGAGGGCCCAAUUGCUCAAGAUGUCCCUUUUGGUUUGAAUGCUUAUAAUCCGGAUUUGAAUGCUGGAGAGAGUUCGGGUUGGUCGUGGGGUGUGGCAUCUUCUAGACUCUACUCAGCUAGGAGUGGAUACAGUUGGCUAGCCAAAAGAAAGUUUGACUGGAAUGAGCAUGAUAAUUGGUUGUGGGUAUGUCGUCUGCAUAUUUCUGAGAAGUAUAAGUUCUUGAUUUGGCUCAGUCUCCAUAAUGCUAUUCCUACAGCAGAGUUUCAUUUGGGUCGUGGUUUAGCUUUAUCUAGCACCUGUCAUCGGUGUCAGAAUGGUUCUGAAUCCAUUCUUCAUUGUCUUCGAGAGUGCCCUAGUGCCAAGGAGGUCUGGACCCUUUUAGGUCUGUAUUCAAAUAACUCGAAUUUACAUGAUUGGCUCUACAGAGGUGCAAGGAGUGGAGAUGCUUUUCUUUUCUUUUCGACUAUCUGGUGGAUUUGGAGAAGCAGGAAUCAUGACUUAUUUAAUAUAGAUGAUUCAUGGAGUGCUAGUAAAGUGGUGAGUUUGAUUCGUAGUUCAGUAAGGGAGUUUCACACUAUUUUUGCUAUGCAUCAAUCUCUGUCUCCUCUUUCACUUUGUUUGCAUUGGGUUCCACCUCCAGUUCAUUUUGUUAAAUUGAAUUGUGAUGCUAGUUGGUUUGCUCCUUCUGGCUAUGCUGGUUUUGGUUGUAUUAUUCGCAAUCCUGAUGGAUGUUGGUUGAAAGGUUGCACUGGAAAAGUCGAAGUGUGCAGUGUUCUUUUUGCUGAAUUGUAUGCAAUUUGGAGAGGUUUACUUCUUGCUUGGGAGAGUGGAUUUCGUGAGGUUAUUUGUGAAACAGACUGUUUAGAAGCUCUUUUCUUGGUAAACCAAAGAAUGCUUAGUAAGGAUAUUCCGAAAUGGGAUUUGGCAAAGCAUAUUCAGGAGGUUAUGAAUUGGAAUUGGAGAGUCUCUAUUCUUUUAAUUCAGAGGAUUGCAAAUAGUGUUGCAGAUUGUAUGGCUAAAGCAGUUGCUUCUGUCGCGGACAUGGAGUGA